AUGGCGGCCGCAGCGUCCUUGCCGGAUUUCCUGGAAGAAGCCACCUGCUCCAUCUGCCUGGAGUAUUUCCAGGACCCCGUGCUCAUCCCGGAGUGCGGCCACAACUUCUGCCGGGGCUGCCUGACCCGCAGUUGGGGGACGUCGGAAUCGGAGGCUUCCUGCCCCCAGUGCAGACAGACCUUCGGGCCCCGCAACGUCCUGCCCAACAGGCAGCUGGCGCGGGUGCUGGAAGUGGCCAGGCGGUGUGGAGGCCCUUGGGGCGAGGACGGAGGGAGCUUCUGCCCGAAGCACCGGGAGCCCCUCAAGCUCUUUUGUAAGGACCACGAGACCCUCAUCUGCUUGGUCUGCGACCGAUCCAAAGAGCACAGGGGUCACUCGGUGAUCCCGGCGGAGGAGGCUCUCCAGGAGUACCAGAUCAAUGUUGGGGAUUGCCUGAAGGCUCAGAAGAAGGAGAAAGAAAAAAUAGCUAAAUACAAAACAGACACAGAGCAAAGAGUUCAGGAGAUGCUUGACCACAUCGAAAAAGAGAGAAAAAAAGCAAUGGCUGAAUUCAGAGAACUACAACUCUGGUUAGAAGGACAGGAGAAACUUCUGUUGGCUAGCAUGGAAGAAACAGAGAAGGAUGUUAUGACAAUGAAGGAGAAGCGUUUGGCCAAGUACAUGGAGGAUCUGUGCUCUCUUGACAGUCUCAUCCAGGAAACAGAGGAGAAGCAUCAGCAGCCAGCCAGCAAACUCUUACAGGUCAGGCAGGAAGUUGAGAUCAUAGAAUCAUAG